AUGACGACGAAUUUGGUGAGUUUGGCUGAAAAUCGCUGAAAAUUUAGGAUUUUUCGUUGUUUUAGGAAAUGAUGCCGCUUUCAUCGCCAAAUUCGACGACGCAAGAAAAAACACCGCAAAUUAGAAGGAGGCCGAGUUUGUGAGUCAUUUUUGGGGGAGGGCGAAUUUUAAGAGCUGCCACGUGGUUUUUUGGCUGGGUUUUAGUGUGAACCUUAAAAAUUACACAUUUUUUGAUUGAUAAAAGUUCCAAACCUAAAAUCAAUAUUAUGAAAUCCAGAUGUUGAAGAGGACAUUUGAAAAGUCCUCUUGAAACCCAGAAAAAUCAGCUUUGUAGAUUUUUCCCAAUAAAAACGUGACCUUGUUCAAUAUUUCCAGAAUUCAACAAGUCUCCACAUUUCUUGGUCUAGAUGAGGACGAAAACGAGGAGAAGAAGAAGAAAUGGGACAAAAAAGCGUUGCGCCGAUUCGUCUCCAUGAAAAACAUCGAUCCAGAAGAGGCGAGAAAACUGGUCAAAAAUCAUACGAUCGAAAUCAAUCCGGAUGUUUCGAAUAUCUUUCUAACACCCGAAACACCUGAGACUUCGAGAGCUGCUGGCGGAGCUCCGAUGGUUCUGAGCCAAAUAAAUCAAUCACAAGUUCGACUAGAAAGCAUCGAUUCAAAUAAUUCGGCUUCAAUGCGACGAAUGUCGAAUUUGGAUAAGAAAUUCGCACCGAAAAAGGAAUCGAUUUCUGGCGCGAUUUUUGACUCAUUCUCCACACUCAUUAAAAAAGGAUCAUUGAUUGAUAAGAAUAAAUUGAGACUUCAGGCAUCUUUUGCGUCAAAGAGGAGUUUUGAUAUGGAUUCGAUUUUGUUUGACACACCGGAUUAUGAAGAAGAUCAGGAGUUGGAGAAGGAAAAAGAGUCGCCUGCUGGUAUCACUUUUGGUAAGAUUUUUAAGCCUAAACUUAGGGUGUUAAAAAUUAUUGGAAAAUUAAAAAAAAAACCUGAGCUCUGAAAAAUCGAAAAAGAUUUUCCAGUCUAGAAAGUUUCCAGGAUUGAAAAUCCAGAUUCUGAGGCUUUCUAGACCCCAAAAAUCCAAAAAAUUGGAUUCUGAGACCUUGUAGACCAAAAAAUCUAAUUUUUCAGAACUGGAAAAUCUCUGAACUCCAAAAAUCGAAGAAAUUGAACUCUGAAACCUUUCAGACCUGGAAAAUCUAAUUUUUCCGGUCUAGAAUGUUUCAAGACCUAGAAAUUCAGAUCCGAAACUGUUCCAGACCAAAAUAACUGGGUUUUCCCUGUCUAGACAUUUUCUGAGCUCCAUAUAUCUGAAAAACAGAUUUCUGAAACCUUGCAGACCUAGAAAAUCUCAUUUUUCAGGGCUGAAAAAUCCGUGAGCUCUAAGAAUACAAAAAAUUGAAUUGCAAACCCGAAAAAGUCCAAAAUUGUACCAAAAAUUAUGUUUCUGAGAUUUUCCAGGCUCAACAAAUCCAAAAAAAAUGUGUUCUGAAACCUUGCAAACCUAGCAUAUUCAAUUUUCAGGGCUGAAAAUUCUCUGAAGCACAAAAAUCCGAAAAUAUUGAAUUUUGAACCUUGCAGGUGUAAAAAAAUCUAAUUUUUAGAACUGGAAAAUUCUAGAGCUUCAAAAAUCUAAAAAAAAUUCGAAAUUUCACCAAAAAUUAUGUUUCUGAGAUCUUCCAAGCUCAAAAAGUUGAAUUUUUAGCUCUAGAACAUUCCUAUGCUCUGAAAUUUUGUUUCCAAUACCUUCUUGACCCCAAAAAUCUUAGUUUUCCAGAUUUUUCAGUCUCUGAACCUUCCCAGCAAACCUCACCCAAGAACCUGGAGAAGUGGGAUAAAAAUUGCCCACCUGGGUUUAUUUUCAAAAAUUGCCCACCUGAGGCUCGCCUUAAAGACCCUAAAAUUUUGUGCCCACCUGAGGCUCGCCUUAAAGACCUUAAAAUUUUGUGCCCACCUGAGGCUCGCCUUAAAGACCCUAAAAAUUUUUGCCCACCUAGGUUUUUCGAAAAAAUUGCCCACCUGGAAUUCCAGGUGUUGGGUGAGGUUUGCCUUCCCAGGAUCCCCAAAAAUCUCAAUAAUUUCUUCAGAUCUUCCACCAUCCUCUUCCGCCACCACUUCAAUGUCCGAAUCCUUCGAAAUGACGCCCCUACCCCACACACAUCGCCGCCUAAAACCCGGCAAACCCGCCGCAAUCUCCGAAAUACCCGAAGAAACCACUUUCGAGAUGGAACUCGCCGAAAAAUCAUCGUCCGACGAGGCGGAAGUCGAUCCGCAAGCCUUUCCGCGGAUGACCGCAAGAGUGCGCAGAGCGAAAAGUUCGGUUCGUCAACCGGGAAGAAAACCGACCGUCGAAAGACCUUGCGAUUUGAUGAGUGCGUCGCAGCCGUUGCCACGUGGCGCCGCUGAGGAAGCCGACAAGAUUUUCGAGGCGUUGUAUGCGGAAUCGGAGAAACGCGAGGAGCCGCAACCGCGGAUGAGCUUGAGACGUCAGAAAAGUGUUGUGGAUGAUUUGUUCUAUGACGUGGUUGCGCCGGAAGUCGAUUACUAUCAUCCGGAUAUUGCGCAAAGCCCACCGACUUCCGCGCAGCUUGCCGCAACCGAACAAUUUCGAUACGCUGAUGGUAUAACCUAUAUAGAUGUUGGUCAUUCGCACAUCUCGCAUUUGUCACCGAUUCGACUCGGCGCGCCGAAAAUCGCCGAAAAACCCGACUCGCGUCCCGAUCGACCGCAAACGCUUGCGGUUCCAUCGACAGCAGCGCGACAAAAAAUGCUUGCGGAACGGAAGCGGAUGGCAAUGUCGAAAAUGGCACGGCAUGUUGGAGAGAUGAAAUCGCAGAAAAGACAACGGGGAAUUGGAGUGAUUGGACGAUUUUUCGAUCGGGAAUUCAAGAAACAAUUGCCCAAAGAGGUUAUGGCUUUUAUUGAGGAUGAACCGGAGGAAAAGUGAGUUUUUUUUUGUGGAAAAAUAUUUCAAAUGCGCUCCACUGCAAAAUAGCGCGGGAAACUCGAGAAUUCAAAUUUUGAAAAGUAACUCGCGAAAAAUUUGAGUUUUUCGAGAUUCUCACGAGGUUUAGCAGAGGAGCAAAUUUGAAAUAUUAAAAAAUUUUGAAUUUUCGAGAUUCCUGCGAUAUGGAGCGUAAUUGGAAUAUUCGAAAAAAUUUGAAUUUUUAAGUUUUCCGCGAGGUUUAGCAGAGGAGUGUGUUUGAAAGCUCUUAAAAGUUUGAAUUUCCGAGCUUCCCGCAAUUUUUUCGAUGAAGCGAUUUUAAAAUAUUCGAAAAAAAUUGAAUUUUUGAGUUUCCCGUGAGUUUUUCAGUGGAGCGAGUUUGAAAAUUUCUUUAAAAAUUUGAAUUUCACAAACUUCCCGCGAUUUUUUCUAGAAGCAGAGCGCAUUUUUCGAAAACCUUUGAAUUAUCAAAUUUACUGCCACGUUUCUCUAUGUAGCACAGUUAAAUAAUUGUUUUUUCCACAAAAUUAUCAAUUUGCAGACCGUGGUUCACUUACUACGUCACCACAAUUCAAAUAAUCGUCUGUCUCCUCUCAAUUCUGAUCUACGGAAUCGGACCAUUCGCAGCGGGAGUCGUCGAAAAUUCAGGAAAUGUUCAAGACAUCACCCUAACCCUACGACGAGUUUCCUUCGAAGAACCCGGCAAUCUUUGGCUUGGACCCAGCUACAGUAGUCUCAUCCAUCUUGGCGCCAAAUAUUCACCAUGUAUGCGAGCCGAAAGACAAUUAAUCGAGGCGAUUGAAGAAGAUCGGCGAAAAGAGAAUUCGACAGGAUGUUGUGUAACAAAUGACGGUGGAUGUUAUCAGUCUACACGGUAUUUGUGUCCUGAAGGAUAUGCGAGAUGGAAUCGAUGGGAUUUUUAUAAAGCGGCGAGGAAUUUGACCAGAGAACCGGUUUCGGGUAAGAUUUUUUGCAAAAACUGAAAAUUCUAACUUUUUUCUUGGUUCAAAAACGUCCAGCUUCCUGAAAAUCAUAGUAUUGAGGUCCUGGCACGUUCUGCACCAAACAAUUUCGAUUUUUAAUUUUUUCAAGGUCCAGUAAAGCUUCAGGCUUCUGAAAAUCCCAAAAUUUUGAUACCGAAACCUUCUAGAGUUGAAAAUUAGGAAUUUUUAAAUUUUUCAGAUCAGGAGAAUCUUAGAAAGGCCUAAAAUUUCAAAUUUUUCGGUCUAGAAAAAGCUCCGGGCCUUAAAAACUUGAAAAUUGUGCUUCUGAGGCCUUCUGGACCUGAAAAUUUGGAUUUUCCCAGUUUUUCUAGUCUAGAAAUGCACCGGAGCUCUAAAAACCCCAAAAUCAUGGUCUACAGACUUUCUGGACGGAAAAACGGGAUGUUUCUGGUCUUGAGACUUUAUGGAUCUGAAAAAUUCUAGGUUUUCAAAUUUUUCAGGUCUUCAGGCUUCUGAAAAUGCAACAAUUUUGAUACUGAAACCUUUCUGGGCCUGAAAAUUAGGAAUUUUCGUAUUUUUUAGAUCAGGAGAAGCUUGGAAAGACCUAAAAUUUCAGAUUUUCAGGUUAAGGAAAAGCGCCGGGCCUUAAAAACUUGAAAAUUGUGCUUAUGGGGCCUUCUAGACCUGUUAAUUGAGAAUUUUCAAAUUUUUCGAAUCUAGAAAAGCUGCGAAGCCCUAAAAAACCCAAAAUCAUUGUCUACAGAUUUUCUAGAUCUGAAAAUUCUAGGUUUUCAUAUUUUUCAAGCCUAGAAAAGCUCCUGGACCUUAAAAAUCUUUCAAAAAUCAGAAAAUUUCAGGCCUCCGAAGAACUCAAAGUGAAUCAUUCCUGCUCAAAAAUUCAAACUCCCUCUCACUCUCCAAAAAGAACAGUGUUUGCGGUCAGGAUCCGGAUUAUUGUGAUUUUCCCAUCUCAACAGGCGCUCACAAAUGGCCACCAGAAGAUAUCACAAAAUGGCCGAUCUGCGAGAAAAAACAUGGCGGAAGCGGACAACCGGAAUGGAUGACGUGUCAAGUGACCGGAAGGCCGUGUUGUAUUCAAUUGCAGGGAUUGUGUCGAAUUGCCACCAAAGAGUAUUGUGAUUUUGUGCGAGGAUAUUAUCAUGAAGAGGCGACGCUUUGUAGUCAGGUUGGUGCGGAAAAAAUCUGAAAAACUUGAAUUUUUCAUUUUUCUAGACUUGAAAAAUAAAAAAAAUACCUAAUUUUUAGGUCUAAGAUCACAAUUUUCGAAUUUUGUAGGCCUGGAACUUUUUCUAGACCAGAAAAAUCUGAAAAUUCCUAAUUUUCAGCUCUUUCUAAAUCCCAAAAAAAUAUAUUUUGAAAUUAAAAAUUAUAAAACGAGUCUACGUAGAAAAAUGUAGAAGAGGCACUUUUGACACUAAAUAUGAAAAAAUCUGAAAAACUUGAAUUUUUGACUUUUCUGGACUUGAAAAAUAUAAAAAUGCUUAAUUUUUAGGUCUAGAAUCACAAUUUUCAAAUUUUUUAGGCCUGGAGCUUUUCUAGCCUUGAAAAAUAUGAAAAUUCCUAAUUUUCAGGUCCAGAAAGUCUUAGGAUCACAAUUUUCAAUUUUUUUAGGCCUGGAGCUUUUCUAGGCUUGAAAAAUAUGAAAAUUCCUAAUUUUCAGGUCCAGAAAGUCUUAGGAUCACAAUUUUCAGAUUUCUCAGCUUUUCCACGCCUGAAAAUCUGAAAUUUUAGGUGUUUCCAAGCUUUUCUAGAUCUAAAAAAUCUGAAAAUUUUUAAUUUUCAGCUCUACAAGGUUUCAGUAUCAAUAUUUUAGGAUUUUUAAGGUCCGGAGCGUUUCCAGACCUGAAAAUCUGAAAUUUUAGAAUUUCCAAUUAAAAAUUGUAAAACGAUUUUUCGUAGAAAUAGUGCUCAUUUUGAGCAGACUUAUGAAAAAUUCAAAUUAUCGAACCAAAAAAUGCCACGUGGCAAAACAGCUUAUUUUUGAGUGAAUAAAAAUUCAAAAGUUUCAAAUUUCCCCAUAAAAUUUGGCUCAUUUUGAUCGAGUUGAAAGCCUAAAUUUUUUAAUUGCAAAUUUGGGUUAAUGUUGACCAGAUUUCCAACAAAAAAUGCCACGUGGCAAAACAGCUCAUUUUUGAGUGAAAAUUCAAAUUUUUUCAUCAGGUUUAGAGUCAUUUUGUUCAGAAUUUGGUGAAAAAUCUAAAUUUCUCGAUAAAAAUUCAAAAUUUCCAGCCAAAAAUCCCCCAAUUUUCCAGGUCAAUUGUUUCGACGAUGUUUGCGGUAUGACACCGCGUUUCGGCGAUCAUCCCGAUCAACGAAUCCGCCUAAUUCUACCGAUCUUCGUCCACGCCGGCAUUUUUCAUCUUCUCCUCACCUGCAUUUUUCAACUAACAAUCAUGGCAGAUUUGGAGAAGUUGUUGGGCUGGAAACGAAUGGGUUUGGUGUAUAUGACGGCUGGAAUUGGUGGCAAUUUGGCCUCGUCGAUUUUUAUGCCAUUUCAUCCCGAAGUUGGACCGUCUGGUUCGCAGUGUGGCGUGUUUUCGGCGGUGCUUUUUGAAGGUGAGGAAAUUUGGAUUUUCAAUUUUUUUUGAAUGUUUAAUUUCAUCCCGAACCCAAGUUUGAAAAUUUUGAAUUUUCAUCAAGAACAUCGGAUUUUUCAUCGAAUUCUGAAUAAAUUUCACCCAAAAAUGAGCUGUUGGCAUUUUUUUGGUUCAAAAGUUUGAAUUUUUCAUGUAAAUCUGGUAAAAAUUAACCCAAAAAUCAAAAUGAGCCGAAAUUUGAUACAAAAAUUUAAAAAUUUGGAAUUUUUAGCGAGAAAUUCAGAUUUUUCACUGAAUUCUGAAUAAAUUGACUCUAAACCUGAGGAAAAUUUGGAAUUUUAACCCAAAAAUGAGCUGUUGGCAUUUUUUGGUUGGAAAUUUUGAAUUUUUCAUGUAAAUCUGCUCAAAAUUAACCCAAAUUUAUAAUUCAAAAAAUUAGGUUUUCACCUCGAUCAAAAUGAGCCUAAAUUAGAUACGAAAAUUCGAAAAUGUUGAAUUUUCAUCGAGAAAUUUAGAUUUUUCACCAAAUUCUGAGUAAAAUUACCUUUAAAGGGUUGGUGCUUUCCUGGUGAAAAAAUCGUCUGCAAAAAGGCGUCACCGUGUUAUUUUCAAAGUUGUGUGCAAACACACACACAAAAAUUCAAAAACAAGUUGUGCGCUAGAGCGCAUUUACAUGCUUUAUUUCGUAGGUUUUAACUCGCUUGUGUUUUUGAGGAAAAACAUGGGCUGAAUUGAUACUAGAAUUUUUUCUAAAACUGGAACCUUCCAGGAGCACCUUAUUCUUAUCUAAACCAAGCAAGAUUCCUUGGCGGAGGACCAACCCUUUAAACCUGAUGAAAAAUUUGAAUUUUCACCCAAAAAUGAACUGUUUUGCCACGUCGAAUUUUUCUGUUGGAAAUCUGAUCGAAAUCAACCAAAAUUUAUAAUAAAAAAUUUAGGCUCUCACCUCGAUCAAAAUGAGCCGAAAUUUGAUGGGAAAAAUUAAAUUUUUUGAAUUUUCAUCGAGAAAUUCAAAUUUUUCAUCGAAUUCUCUAUGAAAUGAGUCUAAACCUGAUGAAAAAUACUAAUUUUCACUCGAGGCAUUUUUUGGUUCGUAAUUUUGCAUUUUUCAUGGUCAAAAUGAACACAGUUUAGCCUAGUAGCUCGAAAAUUGGAAUUUUAUCCGGUAUAGAAAGUUCUUUGGGCCUUUUGGGCUUCUCUAGUAAAUCAAUAAAAUCUACCCAAACAAUUUUUACCGCUAAAAAAUUCAAAUUCAAAUUUUUAUUUGCAGCCUACACUCAUCGCCACCUGAUUCAAGAUAUGACACAAGUCUACUUCAUAAACAUCUGCACAUUUUUGGUCAUAAUAAUCGCCGGAAUAUUUCCAUGGAUCGAUAAUUGGUCGCAUAUCUUCGGCUUCAUUUUCGGCGGCCUCACAACAAUCGUCAUCUUUCCCUACAUCGAUUUUCUACCCGAAUCCUCACCGGAUGCCCAAAAAACGUGGAAAAUCCAACCGAGUUCAUCACCCCUUGCUCCAGCUUCAUCGAUCUCUCCAGUCCUAAUGGUCCCGCGAACUUCAGGUGGUCCCGGAAUCCCCGAAGACCCGCAAUCUGGAUGUUUUUGGGAAUUUUGGCGGGUUUUUAUGGCUCUUAAAAAAUCGAGAAAACGGUUGAUCUCGAAAUUAUUGGCAUUUUUGCUGGCAACACACUUAUUUUCAAUUUUAUUGAUUUGCUUCAUUUGGAAUAUUGAGAUUGAUUGUCCCUGGUGUAUUUAUUUGAAUUGCCCGCCGUUUUUGGAUGGAUGCCAAAAUCAGGGAUUGAAAUUGAAGAAAUGGCUGCCGAUUUAA